UGGCCCAUCUCUCCUCCAGGUGUAAGCUCAAGUUGCCGCAAAAGACAAUGUCCCUUUGGUCUUGGGUGAAUCGUCCCGAAGAGCUCAGCCGGUUGAAGAACCCUCUCUUUGAGGCCAACAGCCUCGUCAUCUGGCCGUCCGUGGCACCUCAGAGCCUGCAGCUCUGGGAAGGGGUUUUCCUCCGUUGGAACCGGUCCUCCAAAUUUCUGGACGAGUCCUAUGAAGAGAUGAUCAACAUCAUCAAGUACAACAGGGAACUUCAAGUGAAAGUCAACCUGCUGAGGCGGCAGCUGGCAGAGCUGGAGGCUGACGACGGCAUGCCGGAUGACGGGAUGGCGGAAAGCCCUUAAGAUCUGGCACGGUUCUGGAGGCUCAAGAUGUUCCUUCCCUGCUGGGCAAGUUGCCUCUACCCCACCGAGCACUAAACACAAACACAAACACACAGAGACACGACCUGCAUGCGCUCAAGCUCCUCCUCUUUGUUUUGGUGCAAUCAAGUUGAGCGUUUCUGGGGCUCUUGGCUUCACCGUUCGUCACGUGGCACUAUAAUCAGCUUUCUUUGUUUAUUGUUUACAGGAGCAGCCCCGUUUAAUUUAUUUAAGCAGUCUGCCCGCCUCUGGCAGUUUCUCCAUUGCUAAUAAAUGAUAUGUACAGUUCUGUUUGGCCUUGGCCAUAGCGCUUGACUACUACUGAGUCCUCCUUUGCAAAUUACAAAUUUGCCUUUGGUGAGAAAGACUACAUUCUGGACUUGACAGAUGUUUCUGAUUCGUCCAAAUUGACCUUUUCUGGAUUUGGCUACUCUCCCCACAACUCAGUUGUCCUUUUUGCUUCCCUAUGGGUUGGACGAUAUGUGUUGGCUUUAUUUUGGGCCUUUGGUCCCAAGUCAAAGUAGCACCAUCCCACGCAUCUCAUUCAGUGCUGCAGAAGGUGGCCCACCAGGGUAGAAGGUGUCCCUUAAAAAGGUUUUGGUUUUUCCACCACACUCGGCACUCAACCGCACAGCCAGGAUUGAGCCAUCCUGAGCUCUUCUUGGGUUGCACGCCCAGAUGGGCUCGGAACAGAGCAGGAAGUUUUACUAGACUGCAUGUUGGA